AUGGCUUACUCAACACUAAAAAAGUUUACUGUAGUGGAGUUUAGUAGUGAAACGGAUGAAGCCGUGUUCAUGUAUGUUCCACGUUCUUGGAUAACGAGUUAUUCUGAAAGAAAGAUGACUGUUGUUUUACCGAGAGGAGAUGAAUCCCUAUUGGAAUUAGAUCCCGCUAUUUUUAACAUGCUUCCAUUAAGCAACUGGCCGCAGUAUGAAGGAAAAAGGAUCUACGAAACUGAUAGUGUUGAAGAGGCAUGGCAGAUAACAAAUUCGAAAAAUAAUGCUCUAAAAGAAGCAAAAGGAAUGAUGAUCAGUUAUGUAGCAGUCGUUACUUCAGUAAUUAAAGAGAUUAGUGACCAACUUCAAAGAGGGAAUCAACAUGGGCCAUCUACGUCUUCUGCCGAUAGUAGUUUGAAUCGUUACAUUGCUGACGUCGUUAGAAUCAACAGGAGCUACCCAGUAAUCAACGAAAAGCUUGGGAUUACUAACCAGACUGACUUUGAAAAUAUACAACGGCUGAAGACGUUCUCCAACAACUAUGCAGAAUUUUUUCAGGGUGUUAUAAACCAGCAUAUUAACAGCAUUACUGCGAAUAUGAAGUCGGCGUCUCCGUCGGCUGAUGAUGUGAUGGCGCAAAACGUCAAGAUUUUAAAUGAACUUAUGAGUACCUUCAUAGUAGUGUUAUGUGUUAUGAACGGUAACAUUAGUUAG